CCCAAACUUGCAACCAACCAUGCUGAUGAUGAUGACAGCGGACAACAACAACGUUCACGAAGUUGUUGCACGCUUCCAUCACACGCACACACACGCGCGCACGGAGCAACGCGACAUGCAUUCAAUUUCAUUCACAGACAAACAUACACGUCACACACACACGCACACACAUUCGGACGCAUACGCACCAUCACGCACAUACACGACACACAGAGACACACGUAGAGCGUCAUGGGGUUGCCUAGCGGCGGAGAAGGGUUCUUGAUGGAGCGUGUGCGGGCCAUCACGCCAACGCAGGAGCUGCGCGAAGGAGGCAAGUGCGUGGUGUACUGGAUGUCGCGUGACCAGCGUGCAAAAGACAACUGGGCCCUGCUGUAUGCCCGGUCCCUGGCGCGCAGCGCAAGGGUGCCCUUGGUCGUCGUCUUCAGCCUGGUGCCCAAGUUCCUGGACGCCACCAUCCGGCACUACGGCUUCAUGCUGCGCGGCCUGCAUCAGACAGCCAAGCACCUGCACGAGAAGCUGGUCCCCUUUCACCUUUUGCAAGGCAGCGCUGCCACCACGGUCCCUGCGUUUGCGGCCCAGCAUGAGGCUGCGGCGGUCAUCUGCGACAUGUCGCCGCUCAGAGUACCCCUGCGUUGGGUCAAGGAUGUCGGGCAGGCCCUUGAGGCGCAGAACGUGCCACUGCUGCAAGUGGACGCGCACAACAUCGUCCCCGUGUGGGUCACCUCCCAGAAACAGGAGUAUGCAGCCCGCACCAUUCGCCCCAAAAUCCACAAGCACCUGGACACGUACCUGCAGCCUUUUCCAGAGCUGGACGCCAAUGACAAGGACACCCUGGGUGACAUGGAGCUGCCUCCCGUCUUCGAUCUCGAAGCCCAAUUCGACAUGCUGGAAGUGGACACAUCUGUGAAGGAGGUGGACUGGAUUGAGCCUGGUUAUGAACAAGGCAUGGCUGCUGCGGAGGCAUUUGGGCGAGACCGAGCAAAGAAGUUUGACGAGCUGCGCAACAACCCAAACGAGGACGUGUGCUCGAACCUGUCGCCUUACUUCCACUUUGGGCAGAUUAGUGCAGCCGCGGUGGUGCUGCUGCUGAAGAGCAAAUACUCGAAGAAGGCCGCAAAGGGCGUGCAGACGUUUAUCGAGGAGGCCGUUGUUCGCAGAGAGCUUUCGGACAACUUCUGCUUCUACAACCGCCGCUAUGACUCCAUCGACGGGGCGGCCGUCUGGGCUCGCGAUACCCUCGACACACACAGACACGACAAGAGGGAGUAUGUGUACACACGCGAGCAACUCGAACAAGGCAAGACGCACGACGACCUCUGGAACGCAGCUCAGCUCCAGAUGGUUGAGCGAGGCAAGAUGCACGGGUUUCUGCGCAUGUACUGGGCGAAGAAGAUCCUGGAGUGGACAGCAACGCCCGAGGACGCGCUGCAGACAGCGCUCUUUCUCAACGACAGAUACGAGCUCGAUGGCCGCGACCCAAACGGCUACGUGGGGUGCAUGUGGUCCAUUGCUGGUAUCCACGACCAGGGCUGGGCAGAGCGCGCCGUGUUUGGCAAAAUCAGGUACAUGAACUACAAGGGAUGCAAGCGCAAGUUCGAUGUCGCUCGCUUCGUUUCCCGCUUCCCACAGGCGGUUGCAAACGCUGCGGAAGUCAAUGGACAAGCAUCGUCGCAGCCGACACUCAAGCAGGCAUCGAGUCGCAGCAAGCGCGGAGCUGGUGGUGCUGGUGCCAACACAGCAAAACGCGCCAAGAAGACAUCAGCGUGAACGCUCAAGCAUGUGUGUGUGUGUGUGAUGCGCGGGUGGUUAAUGUCUCGUCACAUGUGCAAGUCCCUCCCUCUUGUACAUGUGCUGCUUCUUACAGUGUCGAACAUGUGUGGGUUUGGAUCGUGUAAUGAUGAAGCAAGUCUUGCUUGGCCUUCAAUGGUCGCAAUAAGCGAUGGUGGCAAUCAAAUGCAUCGGUGACGGUACAGUUAUGUGGCGUUGGCGUAGAGAAAGUAAGAAGUCGCAUAGUAGUAGAGCAUGUGUUCGCUUACGAGCGAGAAAUAACAAGG